AUGAAGAACCAACACAUCUCCCUGCACCGUCUCCAAGCCGCAGCUGUUGCCUUCCUGUCCCUCCGUGGCGCGGCAGCCGCGAAGGUCUUCUGCGCCGACGCAAACAACAAAGUCGUCGCCAUCCCCAGCUGCGAUGACGCAGCCCCUGGCAUCUUUUUCACGUUCGUCAGCGACGAAGACCAUCCCGUUGGCAGCACCGUCGACCCAAAGACCGUCGACCUACACGACAGCGCUGGCUUUACCGACCGCAUUCAAGCCAGACUUCAGCGCGAAGUCGGAUCGCGGGAACUGAAAUCCGGCGGCUUCGGCAAGCGAGCAUGCGAUAGUACCGGCGGUAGUACCGGUAGUGGCUACGGCUCAUGA